AUGAGUUGUGAUAUACCCCCAUCUUUGCCUAAUGGCUACCCAGUGACUAGUAUUGACUCUAGUGGCCCAGAACCUUCUGUGCGUUUUACAUGUAAUCCGGGAUACACUUUGUCAGGAGGUCCAAAUUUUUACUGCAAUAAGACUUCUCAUAUUUGGUAUGGAAACACGGUUUGUGGUCAGGAGAAACUUCCAGAGGUUUGGUUUUGGCUUCUGAUAGCACUGGGAUCUUUGGUGGCAAUUGGAGCAAUAACGGCGCUUUGUGUUUACUGUUGUAAACGAUGCUGUUGGCGCAACCGAGUUCGGAAAAUAGGACCGACCCAUGACGAGGAAUAUCCCCCAGGAGUCUGCGGUGGAUGUUGCGAUUAUGGCGGAAGUUGUGAUGUUUGUGGUUGCGUAGACUAUAACGGAUGUUGCUCGCUUUACGGUUGCUGUGGCUACCGUGGCGUCUGCGGAUGUGGCUUUUUCACAUGCUGUCGAUGUUGCAGAGAACCAGAUGAUACGCAUGUGCAAGGCAACAGAGGCCUGCAUGAACGAGGCAGACGACGAAAGGGUAAAUGGUGGACAGGGAUUCUCUCUAAAAGAACAAAUAUGAAAGCGAGGCGAAAGAGAAGAGACCUCUGGCGGCGAUGGCGUUCAAGUAGACCCGAUAAUCCAAUGGAUGAUGAAGUCUACAAUAAAGUUAGGAAAAAUGCCAAGGCGAUCGCUAUCUGGCUUCCACAUUCAAACCCAGUGAGAUCCAUCAAUACAAGCACAAAAUAA